AUGAAGGCCCAUUCCCUUGCAACUCUUCUCCUCUCCCUCUCUGGCUCCUUCGCAGCAGCCUGGAACGUCACCGCAUACAGCAACACCGACUGCACCGGCUACCUGACCUCCAUCGCGGGCGAACAGAACUGGGGCUGCUACUGGCUCACCGGUGUCACUGAGCCUAUUCAGGCGAUGAGCGUCGAGGAUCUUCCCGAUGGGUGGAGGUUCAUUGCGUCAAGUGGCACUGCCUGCGAUACCUUUCACCAGGCCGGUGGAAACGGAUGUUACACCCAGGGCCAGGGAUUUCGGUCGUUUGAGAUUAUUGGGUCGAGCAGCUGA